GUGAGUCAAAUUGAUGUUAAGCUGGUAGAAAUUGCUAGUUAUAAAAACAAAUUAAAUUUAAUUCAGGAGCAUGUUAAUGAAGUGGAUGUCACAGUUAGAAUUGGAGGUUUAAUUUUGGAAUUUUUGUUGUAG